AUGGUUACCUUUCUGGUGGCUGGCUUCGAAACAACUUCAACCGCUCUAUCCUGGUUUAUUCAUUUGAUGAGUAAACAUUCACGUGUGCAACAGAAGAUCAAAGCAGAACUGACGACUCAUAACAUUCAACACAGUUUAUCUGUAGAUCAACUCGAUUCUCUAAUUUAUUUGGAUAGUGUUAUCAAUGAAGUACUUCGAUAUUCGCCACCGGUAGAAGCAACAGUUCGUACAUUAACUAUCGACGAUCGUCUGCCAGAGAGUGGAGCUCAAUUAUUCAAAGGCGAUCAAGUUCUUAUUCCAUUUGAUCCUCCGGCACGAGACACUCGUCAUUGGUCAAUUGAUCCAAAUUUAUUUUAUCCCGAAAGAUUUUUAGGUGAAGACAAGAAUCAUUCUCCAUAUGCAUUCAUCCCAUUUGGUGGUGGCCAUCGUCAAUGCAUUGGACAAGAUUUAGCGAGAUUUGAGUUGAAGGUCAUUGCAGUGAGAUUGAUGCAACAUGUCACGUUUGGUGAUGGUGGCCCAGAGAUCAAUGCAGGGGGACAUUUGCCAAGACUUACUAUUAUGCCCAAGCAUGUCGGUGUCACUAUCCAGUUCAAUGCAUAA